AUGGCUUCGGGAAAUCUGGAUAACAAGGGCAAGGGCAAGGCUGUACUGAAUGAUGACAUCUCUGCGCCAAUGGCAGUGGAUGCUGUUCCUCUGAUGGCGGCUGGCUCAUCAGGAGGAGAGUCAGUGAGGUCGGCGGCGGCUGAGGCUAUUCCUCCGGCGGCGAUGGCGGCGCCGCCGGCGAUCCAUCCCGGAUCCCAGUUCCAGCAACUUGACAAGAGCCUCAUCCUCCUCAUCAAAUGCGUCAUGCAGCAGUGCGUGAGGGCGAUGGAGGCAGGGAACACCGAGGCGGCGAACAGUGCUCUGGUAGCCCUGUCGUCCGUCUCAUCCCUCGACGGCGACACCAUCCAGCGCCUGACGUCCGCCUUCACCGAGGCGCUCGCACGGCGCGCGCUAGAGCCGCUGCAGGGCCUGUCCUGGUCGGUCCAGGAGCAGCUCCGUACGCCUCCGCCGCCGGCGUACGCCGCCGUGGCGCGCCAGUGGUUCCACUCGCUGUGCCCGCUCCUCCGCGCCGCCAGCUUGGCCGCCAACCACGCCAUCGUCAAGGCGGUGGAGGGCGAGCAGGACGUGCACGUCGUCGACCUCGGCGGCGCCAACCCAAGGCAGUGGAUCGAGCUGCUCCGCCUCCUGGCGGCGCACCCCGGGGGCGCGCCGUCGUCGCUGCGCCUGACCAUCGUCAGCGACCACGCCUUCUUCCUGACCUGCGCCACCGAGGUGCUCACCGCGGAGGCCACGCGCCUGCACGUCCCCUUGGUGCUCAACCCGGUGCGAGCCCACAUCGACAACUUCUCGCCGACCGUCAUCGCGUCCCUCGGCGUACAGCGCGGACCGGCCUUGGUGCUCUCGUCGACGCUGCAGCUCCACCGCCUGAUCGCCGACGCGACCAUCGUCAGGCACGCGGAGCGGGAGCACGAGACGAUGACUAGGGCGGACGCGCUCCUCCACGUGCUCCGCGACCUGUCCCCGAAGCUGCUGGUGCUGACGGAGCAGGAGGCCGACCACAACGACGGCGGCGAGGGUCGGGGCGGGCUCUGGGACCGCGUAAACAGCGCCUUCGACUACUACGCGGUCCUGUUCAAUGACCUGGAGGUGUCCCACGUGCCGCGCGAGUCGCUGGACCGCGCGGUCGUGGAGCGGCUGCAUCUCCGGGAGGAGAUCGUGGACAUCGUCGCCCGUGACGGCGCGGCGCGGCGGGAGCGCCACGAGAAGAUGCUGCGCUGGGUGCCGCGGAUGGCAGCGGCCGGGUUCCAGCCCGCGGCGGUGACCAUGGACGGGUUCAAGGAGACGAUGAGGCUGGCAAACCAGCUAUCCGACGGCGACAGGCAAAAGCCGCUGUAUCGGGUAACCGCUGUGAAGGGGUGCUUCUUCGUCCACUCGUGCUGGGCCCCUAUGUUCUCAGUUUCGUUGUGGCAGCCGGCGCCCGGCGACGAUCAGUGA